AUGUUGGAAGAAGAUGACUUGGUCUUACUCGGCUUAAAAAUAACCAAAGAUCCGCAAACGUACAGAGAGGAGUAUUUAGAACAGUUAAAAAGACUGGAUGCACUUCUCAAUCUGCCAACCCCGCCAAUUAAGCAGAUAAAACCAAUGAUAUUUUUUAUCGUCCGACAUUCCAGUAUCGAUCCUGUGAGGAGUGUAAAUUUACUAGUUAGUUCACUUGAAAUUGUCAAAGACUAUAAGACAAGAAGAGUUGUACUGGAUGGACUAGUACUUAUGAGACAGAAGAAGUGCAUGGAGUCCAAGGAGCUGACAAGACUGAUAGUGAUGUAUGGACACGAACUCAACUAUUUUGUUCGAAGCAUGCAGGAGUUUCUAGAUGUGCACUGCUAUGCCGUUCUCAGGAAUUGGUAUAAGAAAGGGACAGAGAAGCAAAAGAGCUUCUGUUAUUUUCUUCUUCUUGUUCUUUUUUCAAAGAUUCAUGAUGUGAGUGAGCGCAAGAGGAUGCAAAGAGACAGUAGCAAGACUAAUCGAUACACUGGCAUAUCAGAGGAUGUCAAUGGUAGCUCACACAUAGAGGAGAUAGAUAGUAAAUGCGAUCAAGAGAGCACAAGUACUUCAUCAUAUUGCGAAGAUAGGCGACGAUGUAUCCAACGAUACUGUAAGCAAUACAAACACACUAGACAUGACAAGGUUUGA